CACGUUAAGGAUGCAACGAGGGCGAGAAAGUAGUAUAAAAAUGAAAAUUUUCAUCAAACCACCACACAACGAUCCCAGUCCCUUCAAGCAGCACGUCUUCCGAAUUACAGGAACAGAACUUCUAUACCAUUCCAGAAGCUACAGCAACGGCUGCAGCAAAGACUAUGCUUUCCUUCCACAAUUUCAUCACCGUAGUUUUAGCCCUCACCAUUUCAGUUAUUAUUUGUAGUGACAGAGGAACCGCUCUCUAUCACCUGCCUUGCAAGCUAUGCGCAUCUGUAGAAGAAUGCAAUGACGACCCUCCACAGUUGUGUGUCUAUGGGGAAAAUAGAAACGCCUGUAAAAGAAGAGUCUGUUCGAAGGGACCUGGAGAAAAAUGCGGAGACAAAUUUGAUAUUUUGGGAACCUGUGGAGAAGGAUUAUGGUGCUCAAGCAAAGACAACAGAUGCCACGGAUGUUACAUGCCAACAAUGACCUGUUAUCCUCAAGAUUAAUGUGAUCUCAACUUUCAAGACAUCUCAGUAUUAUUUAAUUUUUAAAAAUUGUUUAUAGAUUUAGCUUUUUGAAUGUUUAUCUACCUGACAUGUAUGUACUACAAAUGCGUGCUUGUAUUUAUUUUAUUAAGAUACAGAUCUCAAACUGACUAUGCAAGAUAGAUAUAUUUAAUGACAAAUAUAUUUCAAUGUAAACAAUGAA